AUUAAUCUAUCUGGAAACGGGAGGACUGGUCCUCUGAUCAACACCUGUUAUGCGCCAAGAAUGCGAUUUCUGACUUUUUUGUGGUUUGGCUUAGCUGACGACCUGAAGCCGUGAUGGCACCAUUCGUCAGGGCGAACGUGUACAGCCAUAUGCCAGCUCAGUGCCAAGCAGGGGCUGGCUUUCCCACUUGCCGAACCCUCCAGCUAGGUGCUGACAGGAGGAGGCCUGCAGCAGCGUUCUCUGCUGUUCGGCGGAGGUCACUCACUGCGCUCAGAGCUGUCUGCGCAUCAGCGGUCCAGGAUGGACGCUUAGAUGCACAAGUUGCGGUGGUGCUGGGAACACAGUGGGGAGACGAGGGCAAGGGGAAGCUGGUGGACAUUCUCGCCCAGCAAUACGACAUUGUUGCCAGGGCGCAGGGUGGGGCCAAUGCGGGGCACACCAUCUAUGACAGCUCGGGCAAGAAGUAUGCGCUGCACCUGGUGCCCUCGGGCAUCCUGAACGAGAAUGCGCAGUGCGUCGUGGGCAACGGCGUCGUCAUCCACCUGCCGUCCCUGUUUGAGGAGCUCGCCACACUCAAAGAGCAGGGCGCCUCCACCGAGGGCCGCCUCAUCGUGUCAGACCGCGCCCAUCUCCUCUUCGACCUGCACAAGGAGAUUGACGGGCUGCGAGAGGCGGAGCUGGCGGGCAAGCAGAUCGGCACGACCAAGCGCGGCAUCGGGCCGGCGUACGCGUCCAAGGCCACGCGCAACGGCAUCCGCGUCGGCGACCUGCGCGACCUGGACGCCUUUGCCGCCAAGCUGCGCGUGCUCGCGCUCGACGGCCAGAAGCGCUUCCAGGGUUUCCAGUACGACGUCGAGGCGGACAUAGAGCGGUACAAAGACAUCGCACGGCAGGUGCUGCCGUUUGUGGGGGACACCGUGGAGCUGGUGAACGAUGCAUGGGAGGCCGGCAAGCGCAUCCUGGUGGAAGGCGCCAACGCGACCAUGCUGGAUCUGGAUUUUGGCACCUACCCCUUUGUCACCUCCAGCAACCCCUCCAUCGGGGGCGUUGCCUCCGGCCUCGGCCUCGCGCCCACCAAGUUCCAGGCCAUCAUCGGCGUGGCCAAGGCGUACACGACGAGGGUGGGUGCAGGCCCCUACCCGACGGAGAUCUUUGGGGAUCUGGGCGAGGACAUCCGCCGCAUCGGCGCCGAGUACGGGACCACCACCGGCCGCCCGCGCCGCGUCGGCUGGCUCGACAUCCCCGCCCUCAAAUAUGCCACCCGGAUCAAUGGGCUGACGCACAUCAACCUGACGAAGCUGGACGUGCUGUCAGACCUGGCCACCAUCCGGCUGGGCGUCGGCUACAAGCUCAACGGCGCGGCCGUCAGGGGCAUGCCCUCAGAGAUCGCCGAGCUUGAAAAGGUGGAGGUGGUGUACGAGGACAUACCCGGCUGGGAAACCGACAUCUCCAAGGUGAGGACGUGGGACGACCUGCCGGAGAAUGCGCGAAAAUACGUUGCGCGGAUUGAGGAGCUUAUCGGGGUCAAGAUAGAGUGGAUUGGGGUGGGCCCUGGGCGGGAUGCCCUUGUGGUGCAGCCUUGACAUGCAUGGCCUCGCAUGCAUACUGCGUGGCAUGAUGCAGCAUUUCUGCUGCAUGUGUCCAACAGUGCCUCAUAAAAACGAUGACAUGCAAGGUGGUUUCACGCCUAACCCUCACUAGCAUUUUGCUAGACUGGGGACUCUACCACUAGCGUGCAUUACGCUGCAGACGAGCUUCUGCCACAGUAUAAUGCAGCAACUGAAUUCUGCCCAAUUAGUGGUGAUAGCAUUCCUUCUAGCACCAUGCUUUCAAGGCUGCCAACAGGCGCCCACGUAGAAUAAACGAGUUUAGAGGUUCAAAUGUAAGCCUCAGCAAAGCGCGUC